AUGGCGCAGGCGACCCCGCCGGAGGGGCCGUGCCCCCCAGCCCCGGGCUCAGGGCAGCCCCGCUCCCCUCCUGCCCCCCAGCAGUCAGAGUUCGUGCGUUUCGCCGAGGUCUUUCCCCUGAAGGAUUUCGGGUUCGCGCCGGAGCCGGGGCGGUACCUGGAGGCGGUGGGCUGGGUGGAGGUGGUGGCUGGGCUGCUGCUGGCCCUGGGACCCCAGCUCCUGCAGGAGAUCAGCAACUUCAUCCUCAGCAUCAUCAUGAUCGGUGCCAUCUACACGCUGCUGGCGCUGCGGGAGCCCCUGGCCAUGUGCGCCCCCGCCACCCUCUGCCUCGGCCUCCUCCUGCUGCUCAACAUCCGUGGGCACGCCGACCCCCCCAGGCCCAAGUUGGAGUGAGCGGAGGCGGCGGGACGGGGGGCUGGGCCAGGGGGAAGCGAUGCCCUGUGAUAUUUUGGUGGAUGGCAUGGCGUCCUGCCCGGUGACGUGCCACCGCUGCACGGGGUGUCCUCUCCCGCCUCUCUGGGGACCCUGGUGCCGGUUGUCCCCACACUGUGGGACCCUGGUGCCGGUUGUCCCCACACUAUGGGACCCUGGUGCCAGUUCCCCCCGUGCUGGAGCUGUGGGGAGGGGUGGCCGUGGCACCACCGUGGCUCUGCCACCACCGUUGCUCAACUCACACGAGGUUUCCGGCUCUUCCCGGCGUUCGGCCGCGCCAGGCUGGGGUUGGCUCUGCUUUUCUGGGGGCUUUCGUAUUUUGGAAUAAAGCCUCUUGUUUUUCACA